GAAUCUGAUAAUGAAUCCUCUAAGCGUCCUUUCGAUAUCCUUCUUCAAUUCAAAUAUUUUCCGCGUUUGACAGUCCUGCGACUUCCUCUUGAAUGGCUAGCUAGCCAACUACUCAGUUCAGUUAGGGCUGGCGUCAGCCAUGUUAGCAUGUGGCGGGCGUGGUGCUGAGCAAUAGUGUACGUUUCACACCCGGCCCACAUGCAUGCAGAAGAGAUAUUAUAUAAAUAAAUGUCAAUUAGACUGGAUAAACACACACACACACAAUUACGAGAAAAAACAGAUUUACUUACUGAUACUAAUCUCUCAAUGGAGGAACAACAACAUCACGCUGCCACCUACGACAUCGUAAUCUUGGGAGCCUCUGGGUUUACCGGCAAAUACGCUGUACGGGAGGCUCUCAAGUUCCUCAAUGUACCUGAAUCUCCAUUCAACUCCCUCGCUUUAGUAGGCCGAUCCCCAUCCAAAGUAGCCAAAGCUCUCCAAUGGGCCUCCCAUCCCAACCCACCGCCACAAAUCCCCAUCCUCACCGCCGACACCACCGACCCCAUUUCCCUUCGCCGCGUCGCCUCCCAGGCAAAGAUCAUUCUCAACUGCGUUGGCCCUUUCCAUCUCUACGGCGAGCCCGUCGUGGCGGCUUGUGUCGAUGUCGGCUGCGAUUACCUAGAUAUCACCGGAGAAAUGGAGUUUGUAGAGAGAAUGGAAGCUUCUUACCAUCACAGGGCUGCGAAGAAGGGUUCUCUGGUCAUUUCUGCCUGUGGGUAUGAUUCGGUUCCUGCUGUAUUAGGCAUGAUGUUCAAUUCUAGGCAGUGGGUUUCACCCGCUGCUCCUAAUCGUAUGGAGGCCUACCAAUUUAUGGAAUCCGACAAAAGGGUCGUGCUCAACCUAGGAAGCUACGAGACGCUGGUUCUUGCGGUGGCUAACAAGGACAAAUUGCAGGAGUUGCGACAUUGUACACCUCAAAGACCUCAGCCCAUGAUUCCUGGUCCGCCUCCCAAGGAAUCAAUUGUGGAACACCAAAAAGAGAUUGGGCUUUGGGGUGUGGUGUUUCCAUCAUUGGACAAAAUUGCAGUUGACAGAAUGGUGUCAUGUUUAACUGAAAAUCCCGAGGGUAUACCGGGCGUCAAUGAAACUGCUCAGCAAAUUAAAAAGAGGGAGGCAUUCUGGUCUACAGCGAAACCCGUUCACUUUGGUCUGAAUAUGGCAUCAAAAUCAGUGUUGGGUGUGGUUCGUUUCAUAACACUAGCGUUGUUGCUAUGGGUCUUUGGUAGGUUUUCUACAGGGAGGUGGCUGCUCAUGAAGUUUCCUUCUGUGUUUAGCCUUGGGCUUUUCAGUAAAAAUGGUCCAACUGAAGAGGAGGUGGCAAAUGCUUCCUUCAAACUGUGGUUUGUUGGGCGUGGAUAUAGUGAUGCUGCUCUCGCAUCAAAAGAGGGCAAGAAACCGGAUAUGGAAAUUAUUACGAGAGUAACGGGACCUGAGAUUGGCUAUUCUGCAACUCCCAUUAUUCUAAUUCAAUGUGCUCUAGUCUUGUUGAGCCAACGUCGUGAGUUGCCUAAAGGGGGAGUUUUUCUUCCUGGGAUUAUAUUUGGCCCAACGGAUCUUCAACAACGACUCCAACAAAAUGGAAUAUCUUUUGAUUUCAUUUCGAAGAAAAAGCUUUCUAACAAAAUUUAGUCUUACUGUAUAUGAAUUCAUUUUUCAUUUAUUAUUAUUGUACUUUUGUGUGAGUUGUAUGGUUAUAUUCCUGUUCUUCACUUGCCAAAGACAUGUAUAAUUUGGCCUGGCCUGGCCAGGAUUUGGAUCUUUGGUAAGGUAUUUUUAUUGUUCAAUAAAAAUAAUAAAUUUACAGGUUGUCAACA